UGUGACCUUCCUGCGCACUCCGCUAGGCUCUGGAAUACAACCAUGGGUCAAAGUGCGUGGGGUUCCUCCUUCUCACGGAGCUGACAGCCAGGUGGGGAGAGAGCAAGAGGUCACCACGUGACAACGCAGGGGAGCGUGUUGAUCAGGAGGCAGCCAGCAGCCGGCCACCAUGGCCUCCCCUUCUGCUUACCCUGCGGAGGAGGAUGAGAGUCUGAAGGGGUGCGAGCUGUACGUCCAGGAGCACGGCGUGCAGCAGGUCCUCAAGGACUGCAUCGUGCACCUCUGCAUCUCCAAGCCGGACCGGCCCAUGCGGUUCCUGCGGGAGCACUUCGAGAAGCUGGAGAAGGAAGAAAACAGACAGAUUCUGGCCCAGCAGAAGGCGGCCUCGCAGUCCGACUCGCACGAUGAGGAGGUCUCGCCGAGCCCCCCGAACCCCGUGGUGAAGUCCCGCCGCCGCCGCGGGGGCGUGAGCGCCGAGGUGUACACGGAGGAGGACGCCGUGUCCUACGUGCGCAAGGUCAUCCCCAAGGACUAUAAGACCAUGACAGCGCUGGCCAGGGCCAUCUCCAAGAACGUGCUGUUUGCUCACCUGGACGACAACGAGAGAAGCGACAUAUUCGACGCCAUGUUCCCCGUCACUCACAUCGCCGGGGAGACCGUUAUACAGCAAGGCGAUGAAGGAGACAACUUCUACGUGAUGGAUCAAGGGGAAGUGGAUGUGUACGUGAACGGAGAGUGGGUGACCAGCAUCAGCGAGGGAGGAAGCUUCGGGGAGCUGGCGCUCAUCUACGGCACCCCCAGGGCAGCCACCGUGAAAGCCAAGACCGACCUCAAGCUCUGGGGCAUCGACCGGGACAGCUACCGGCGCAUCCUCAUGGGCAGCACGCUGAGGAAGCGCAAGAUGUACGAGGAGUUUCUCAGCAAGGUCUCCAUCCUGGAGUCCCUGGAGAAGUGGGAGCGGCUGACGGUGGCCGACGCCCUGGAGCCCGUGCAGUUUGAAGACGGCGAGAAAAUCGUGGUCCAGGGGCAGCCGGGGGACGACUUCUUCAUCAUCACCGAGGGCACGGCCUCCGUCCUGCAGCGCCGGUCCCCCAACGAGGAGUACAUGGAGGUGGGGCGCCUCGGGCCCUCCGACUACUUCGGGGAGAUCGCGCUGCUGCUGAACCGGCCCCGGGCGGCCACCGUGGUGGCUCGGGGGCCGCUCAAGUGCGUGAAGCUGGACCGGCCCCGCUUCGAGCGCGUGCUGGGCCCCUGCUCCGAGAUCCUCAAGAGGAGCAUCCAGCGUUACAACAGCUUCAUCUCCCUGACCGUCUGAGCCCGCCGCCCCCGCCCCGCUUCCGUGUGCCGGCGUCCCGGCCGCCUGGGGACCCCCCUGCCCCCCGGACUCCCGUCUGGAGUGAAACAGUCCCCUCGGGCGUCUCAGACACAGAGGGCGCCCCCGACGCGCCCCAGGCCGAGGGGAGAUGCCCGCGCCCCUCGCCUCCCUCCUGUCCGUGCUGUGGGCUCGUCUUUGGGGGGCACCCUGGGGUGUGCUCGUCCCCCGUGGCUCAGGGGCCAGGCUGCGCGUCCAAGCCGGCCUGGUCCCUCUUGUCCCUCUUGUCACCCUCCGCUCCAUGCUGGGGGCCCUGUGACGUCCGGCCUCCGGCUCUGAGUGCGAACGUGGGGUGACGACGUCCAGGGGCCCCGCAGGGACCGCAGCUUGGAGCGAGGACGCCCGGGUGGAGCCCGCUGGGCGACGUCCGCCCGUCCUGGCCUCACGGUGAAGGGAGGCCCCGCACUGGGGUCCUGACUCGGGGGCCAGGGCCGGGCCGGCCGCAGGGGACCCCACACGGGCCCCGGCCUGCGCGUUUGGAGGAGCGGACGUGGGCGGCUGGCUGCGCUCCCCUCUCUCGGAAAGUCCACUCGGCCGGGCCGUGGCGCCCAGGACGGCGAGGAAACGCCACAUGAGACGGGACUUUCCGAGAUGCGGCGAGCGCCUUUCUGGGUCCCUGUUCCCCCCCGGCGUCGGGUGGGGGUCCCGCACGCCGUCCGCUGCCCGACUUCCUGGGGACGGCGUCUCCCGAGCCGGUGAAGGUGUCAGAACCCGCGUCCCGGGAGCUCGUCCAGCACUCGCGCCUCGGGUCUCCCGACGUCGGAAAACAACACGUCCGCCCGGCCCUGGGCCCCCCGACCCUGGUCGUCCUCGAGUGAACUGCCCCCCAGGCGUGUCCUCAGCCCCUCACCCCUCGAGCUGGACGGGCGGCGUCUGCAGACGGGAGACUCAGACGGGAUCGUGCAGUCGCCCCCGUUCCGCCCCUGCCGUGCGCAUCCCGUCCCGGGCGACCCCCGCCAGCCCCGCCUUUGCCCGUGGACGUGUCUGUGACGUGUGCACCCCGCCCGUCUGUCGCGAUGUUGGGAAUGCUGCAUGUGCCAUUAAACGUGGGUGAAGAACCUUUCCCUCGGG